AUGGGCCAAAUCAGUUCAAGUAUACAGACGCCCUCCAUCCUCUUGAAACCUAGUCUGCGGGCUGACAAAUCUACCGCGGGCUCUUCUUCGCAAUGGGCGUUCUGGCCCGAGGAAUUUCUCACUGAUGAUAUCCCUGAGGCAACGAUUUGGACAUAUGGCUAUGAUGGCUGUGUUGUUGAGAGUAUCUUCCAGACUGGGAGUGAAAACACCAUCUCUAGCCAUGGCCGUGAUCUUGUGACACAGUUCAAGAGGCAUAUGGAUAAUGAGUAUCCGGUGAUAUUUGUUGCGCAUGGCUUCGGGGGUAUCAUCGUCAAAGAGCCUACCCUCCCGUGGUUUGAGAUUGCCAUCAUCUGUGCCCUUACGCUCGAGGCUGACGCGGUUGAGGCGCUCUUCGACCAGAUAUGGGACACCAACGACAAGAAUUCCCCUUACGAUAAGGCUCCGAAUGAUUCAAACACUUAUACAACUGGAUUCCUUGGACGUCAUCCUGUUGUCCUCGCGUACUUGCCAGGGAUGGGGAAAGCAAGCGCCGCCGCAGCAGCAGCGAGCUUCCGUAUGAGUUUCCAAAACAUCCGGCUGGCUCUCGUCGUCGGAAUUUGUGGCGUUGUUCCUGUCUCCCUGAUGACGACGAGAUUUUACUUGGAGAUGUUAUUAUUACUGGGUGCCCUCGCAAUCGUCACAGCAGGAAAGUUUUCAGCGAUGGUGAGUCGCAAUUUCGUCGGUCGAGAAGAGAUCAUGAAGCAGCUGCAGCGUCCGCCAAGACCCGGCGCUCAGUCUCGGCUUGCGCUCAUUGGUCUCGGCGGCAUCGGGAAGACAAACAUCGUACUUGAGUAUGCAUACCGGAUCUACGAAAUGAGCGAGUUGACGUCCGUAUUUUGGGUCCAUGGAAGCAGUGCUGAGCGAUUCAGAGAGUCGUACUCCAGCAUCGCUUACGAGUGCCAAAUCCCUGAACAUGCUGACCCGGCAGCGGAUAUCCUGUUGAUUGUCAAAGAAUGGCUCGAGAGCAAACACCACGACCAGUGGCUCAUGAUCAUCGAUAACGCUGACGACAAGCAAGUAUUUUCUUCGCCAUCCAUCACAAUAAGAAGUGAAAGCGGAAGCAAGUCGCAGGUGCCUCUGACAUAUUACAUACCAAAGUGUGCUCACGGGUCAAUUCUUAUCACAAGUCGCGAUAGGGCGGCGGGUGUUGAACUCGCCGAAGGAGCCCCUCUGAUCGAAAUCAAUGUGAUGAGCGAAGAGGAGUCAAAGCUUCUUAUUCGGGCUAAUAUAGGGAAGGAAACGUUACCGGUUAUAGUCUGGGGGUACUCUCUUCUCGACUAG